AAACGACCCUAACCUGAAGCUGAAAAGUCAGAAUGAAUUGAGCUGAACUUAUUACGCUAGUUUGGAUAAAAGUCCAUCGCAAGUCCUAAACAGAAGCAAAAUAUUAGGUCGGCCGGAAGGUUUUUGCCUCCAAUGGCAGCAAAGUCGUUUACAACUGUGCAAAUCUAUUGUACCUACAUCCUACUCCUUUUGAACCAAACUUCCACAUUUUCAGCUACCUCCACUGAUCCGACGAUACAACUAUGGACGUCAACUGCCUCCAGUGUUUUUUCUGAAUCGACGGCAGCGACAUCGUCUGAGAGACUGACCUCUCAUACUGCAACAAGUGAUUUAUCGAAAGAGGUCUCUCUGCAUAUUCCUCUUCCGUCUGAGAGCAUGAAAGCUAGAUCUAAAGGGCUCCUUGUGACAACCACUACAGUAACACUAACGAAACUUUUUUCUGUAGCGAUAGCAACAGAAGAAUCAAAAGCAUCAUCGUUCACGACGAAUACAUCCCUAACGCUUGAUACGUAUACAGCUGACCCAAUAGGUUUAUCUUCAUCUUUUGUCUCUAUUACAUAUAACACAACAAAAGAUAAAACUCAGUGGAAGGCAGCGAAUACGUCGUCAGCAUUGACAUAUACACCGCCUUUACAGUCAUCUUUGUCAUCUUCAGCUUCUGUUAGCUUCCCAAGAGACACCACGACGUCCUCAAUACAAACACUGUCAGCCUUUGCAAGACUCACGUUGGAGUCUGAAACUACUGACACGACAACGAAAGCCACGUCAUUUGUCGAAAGAUCUUUUGGCUCAACAAUAGGUUCAUCCCUUACGACUUUUGAUGCAGGCCUCACAACUAAAGGAUCGCAAAUACCAUCAACGUCUACACCGCACAUUGCUGCCAAUGUUAGUCUAUCAACUUCUGUAACGGAAACACCAUCAGUGUCCUCACUGUAUAACUUAAACACUUCUCCAAGUGUUGGCAGUUAUAGCAAAAAAGAUAACAAGGCGAUCCUAACAACACCGCCGUCUUCCGCAGGCCAAGUAUUAGACACAAAUGAAAGUGUUGCCACAGCAAAGACGGUGAGACCAACUUCUGAAGUAUAUAGAGCCGAUCCCACCACAAGUGGUGUUCAGUUCUCAGAAGUAAUAACAAUUCUGGCGUCGGACACUACGAGAAGUGCUGAUCUAUUUUUUAAAAUGAAAUCAAAACCAUCAACAUUUGCUAGUAAUACACCAGAUAUUAUUACUUCAAGAAUUGCUCCACCAACGACAAUAACACCCGAAUCAUUUGCUUCUGCAAGUCAGGCAACAGAUGCUACUGCAACUGUCACUCCAACAUCACGAUCGGCAGACGGAAAAACGUCGGGAGCGUCUGCAAACCUAACAAUACAUACUACCACAAGUGUUCUCUCUGUGGAGGAAACAUCAAAAUUACUAACGUCUACAAGUCUGGACUCAGAUUUUACCACAAGUAAUAUUCUCUCCAUAUCAGUAACAUCAAAAUCGUCGUCAACUUCUGCAAUUGAGGCAUCAGAUGUUUCUUCAAGUGCAGUUUUAUUCACAGCAGGAAAAUUAGAAUCAUCAACGUCUAUAAGUACUACACCAAACAGUACUACGAGUGUUAUUUCAUGCAUGGAAGUGGUCUUAAACUCACCACACAUUGCAACUCAGACUUCAAUUGGCACCACAUAUGUAGUUUCCUCCGAGCGAAUCAAACCAGAAUUAUCAGACUCUUUAGCAUCACAUGCUACUAGAAGUAUUGCUCCAUCUUCGGGAAAAUCAUCAACUUCAAAUCAAACAACACAAUCCUCUAAAAGUAAUUUUCCAAAUCUGGAAGUGACAUCAAAAUCAUCAAAGUCUACAAGUAAUGUACCCAAAAAAGCAUUAACAUUAAAAGCGUCAACUUCUGCCGGUCAGACAUCAGAUGUUUCUUCAAGCGUUAUUUUGAUCACAGCAGGAACAUCCAGAUCAUUUAUUUCUGCAAACAAUUCAUUACAGAUUACUAAGAGCGUUAUUUCAUCAGCAUUACCUCUUUCUGCAAUUCAGACUUCAAAUGACCCCACACAUGUAAUUUUAUUCGCGACCAUGAAACAAAAAUCUAAAUCUUCUGAAGUUCAGGGAUCAGACCCUACUGAAGGUUUUGUUCCAUUGACGUCAAAAUCGUCUUCUAUUGCAAGUCAAGCAUAUGGCGCUACUUCAAAUUUUCCUCUUAUCACCGCGGUAACCUCUGAAUCGUCAACGACUGUAAGUUAUACACCAGCCAUUACCAAAAGUGUUGCAAAAUCAACGACAAUAACACCUUUAUCCUUUUUAAGUCAGUCACUGGAUGCUCUUACGAGGGUAAUUACAUCUAUAACAACAACAUCAGAAUCAGUAACUUCUGCAAGUCAGGAAUCAGGUUCUGCCACAACUUUUGUUCUUUCCAUAUUAGGAACAUCAAAAUCUUCAACUUCUGUGAGUCAUACAUCAGAUGCUUCUACAAGUCUUCUUUUAUCCACAGCAAGAACAUCAAGAUCAUCAACUUCUGCAAUUCAUGUACCAGACAAUACUACAAGUGAUGUUUACUCCAUGGAAGUAACCUCUGGAUCAUUCCUCUCUGCGACACAGACCUUCAAUGACACCGCGUAUAUUAUUCCAUCUACGGCAACGAAACCGGAAUUUUCAGCUUCUGCAGUUCAGACAUCAAAUGUUACUGACAGCGUUGCUUCAUUUAUAGAAAAAUCGUCAACUUUUACGAGUCAGAUAUAUAACGCCAUCACAAUUUUUGUCCUUUUUACCUCGGUAACCUUCGAUUCACCAAGGUCUUCGAGUAAUACACCAGCGAUUACAAAGAGUGUUGGUCCAUCCACGCUACUAACAUCAAAAUCAUCAUCGUCUGCAAGUCAUGCACCAUUCACUACUACGAGCAUUCCUUCACUAACAGCAGUAACGACAAACUCAUCAACGUCUGGAAGUCAAGCAUCAGACGCUGCUACAAGGGUUACUCCAACCACAGCAAUUACAUCAAUAUCACCAUCAGCUCUUGUGAGUCAGGAAUUGGCUGCUGUUAGAACUGUUGUUCCACUCACAGUAGUAGCAUCAAAAUUUCUAAUGUUCUCAAGUCUGGAAUCAGAUUCUACCACAAGUAAUGUUGUCUCCAAAUCAGUAACAUCAAAACCGUCAACUUCUGCAUAUAAGGAAUCAGAUGUUUCUUCAAGUACAGUUUUAUUCACAUCAGGAAUGUCAGAAUCAUCAACUUCAAGUCCUACACAAGACAGUACUAGUGCUAUUUCAUCCAUGGCAGUGACUUCACCUUCACCACAUUCUGCAACUCAGACUUCAAUUGGCACCACAUAUGUAAUUUCCUCCGGGAGAAUCAAACCGGAAUUCUUAGACUCUGUGGCAUCACACGCUACUAAAAGUGUUGCUCCAUCUGUGGCAAAAUCAUCAACUUCUGCAAAUCAAACAAUACACUCCUCUAAAAGUAUUGUUCCACUUCGGACAGUAACAUCAAAAUCAUCAACGUCUACAAGACAGGAACCAGAUUCUGCUUCAAGUGGUGUUCCCUCCAAAGCAUUAAAAUUAAAAGCGUCAACUAUAGCAAGUCAGAAAUCAGAUGUUUCUUCAAGCGUUGUUUUGACCACAAUAGGAACACCCAUAUCAUUAACUUCUGCAAUCGAAUCAAUAAAGAGUACUAAAAGUGCUGUUUUAUCCACAUUAGUUUACUCUGCAAUUCAACCUUCAAAUGACACCGCAGAUGAAAUUUUAUUGGCGACGAUGAAACAAAAAUUGAAAACUUCUGAAGUUCUGGCAUCAAACCCCACUAAAAGUUGUGUUCCAAUGACGUCAAAAUCGUCAAACUCUGCAAGUCCGGCAUAUACCACUACUUCAACUGUUCCUCUUUUCACCGCGGUAACCUUUGAAUCGUCAACGACUGCAAGUUAUACACCAGCCACUACUUCAAGUGUUCCAACAUCAACGAUAAUAACACUAUUAAUCUUUUUAAGUCAGUCACUAGAUGCUUCUACACGUGUCGUUCCAACUAUAUCAAAAACAUCAAAAUCAUUAACUUCUGCAAGUCGAGAAUCAGGUUCUUUCACAAGUUUUGUUCCCCCCAUAUCAGGGAAAUUAAAAUCACUCACAUCUGCAAGUCAUAGAUCAGAUGUUUCUAAAAUUCUUCUUUUAUCCGCAGCAACAACGUCAGGAUCAUCAACGUCUUCUCAUGUACCGGACAAUACUACAAGUGCUGUUUUAUCCGUGGAAGUAACCUCAAAACUAUUCAUCUAUGCGACGCAGACCUUCAGUGACACCACGCAUGCUAUUCCAUCCACGACAACGAAACUAGAAUUUUCAACUUCUGCAGCGCAGACAUCGAAUGCUACUGACAGCGUUGCUUCAUUUAUGGCAAACUCUUCAACUUUCACAAGUCAGGUAUCAAACGCUAUCACAGUUUUUGUUCUUUUCACCUCAGUUACCUUCGAUUCGCCUACGUCUUCGAGUCAUAAACCAGCGAUUGCAACGAGUGUUGAUCCAUCUACGCCAGUGAUAUCAAAAUCAUCACCGUCUGCAGGUCAUGCAGCAUUCACUAGGUCGAGUAUACCUCCGGUAACGGCAGUAACACCAAAACCAUCAACGUCUGGAAGUGAAACUUUAGACGCUGCUACAAUAAUUACUCCUUCCACAGUAAUUACAUCAGAAUCGUUAGCUUCUGCGAGUCAGGAAUUAGAUGCUGUUAAAACUGUUGUUCCAUUCACGGUUCAAACAGCAUACGAUACUACCACAGUUGAUCUAUCCAUGGCAGAAACAUCAAAAUCCUUAGCUUCUUCAAGUCAGGUAUCAGACACUGCUACAAGUCUAGUCAAUCCCUCCAUACCAAAAACAUCAAAUUCGUCAACUGUUGUACCAUCCAAGGCAGUAACACCAAAAAUAUUAUUUUCUGCAAGUCAGGCAUCAGACGCUACUACAAGUGUUUCUGGUUCCAUUGCACGAAGAUCUGAAUCAUCAAAUCCUGCAAAUUACACACUUGAAGCUACUACAAGUAUUCUUCCUUCCAUAGCAGCAAUCUCAAAAUCAAAAUCAAUAACUUUUGUGAGUCAAACGUCAGACGCCGCUAAUAGUGUUAUUCCGUCGAUGGCAGGAACAUUAAAAUCAUCGCGUUCAGUAAGUCGGGGAAUAGAAACAUCAACAAGCUUUCUUACAUCCACUGUUGUAACAACCAAAUCAGAAACAUCUGCAAGUCUGACAAUAGCUACAACUUCGAGUUUUGCCCACUCUAUCUCAGUAAGACCAAAGUCAUCGCCUUUUUCAAGUCAGGCAUUAAAUGUUGCUAUAAGUGUUGAAUCAUCCAUAGCACCAACAGCAAAUUCAUCAAGCUCAACCAAUCAGGCAACAGACGCUACUGACGCCAGCGUUUUUACAACUAUGGCGGUCACUCUGUUAUCAAGAACAUCUGUAAGUCUGGCAACUGAUGUAACUACGAGUGUUGUUUCAUCCGUAGCAGUAACAGUAGAGGGACUGCAUUCUGCAGGUAGGAAAUCAGAUGCGACGACAACUUUGUAUGCACCCUUGGCAUUAACAUCAAUAUCAUCAGGGUCUGCAAGUCAGGCAACACAUGCUACAAUAGGUUUCGAUUCUUCCAUGACAAUGACAUCAAAGCUAUCAAGGUCUGCAAGUCAAGCAACAGAUGCAACAACAAGUUUGGUUCUAUUUGUAGCUGUAACAUCUAAACCAUUACGUUCUGCAAGUCGGGAAUCCGUACCUACUACCGCAAGUGUUUUUCCAUCCAUAGCAGUAACACCAAAAUUUUUAACUUCCGCAAGUCAAGCAACUAAGGCAACCACAAGUGUCGAUCCAUCCAUUUUGGAAGCAACAAAAUCAUUUCGGUCAGCAGGUCCAGCAUCAGAUGCUGCUACAAGCGUUUUUCCAUCCGUAGUAUUAGCACCAACAACUAGUUCUGCUACUCGGGCAAUAGACGCUAUUAGAAGUGUUGUUUACCCCUGGUCAGGGGCACCAGAAUCAUCGAAUCCUGAUAGUCAUAUAUCAGGUCCUACUACAAGAGCUGAUCAAUCCAUGGCAGUAUUGCCACAAUCAACCACUUUUACAACUUACAUACCAGAAGCUACAUCGAGUGUCCCACUUUCGGCUUCGAUAACCAAACAAUUAUCAACUUCUAUAGACCAAGCAUCAGAUGCUUCUACUAGUGUUACCCAAUCCACAAAAACAACGUCAACUUUGUCAAUGGUAGGAAGUCAAACACUGGACACCGCUACAAAUAUUGUUUCAACCGCGGAAGUAACAUCUGGAUCUUUAACUUCAGUAAAUCAAACACCUGACGAAACUUCAAGGACUGUUCCGUCUGUGGCAGUAACACCAACAUUAAUGACUUCAAGAAGUAAAAAACCCGGCACAAGUGCUAAUGUUGUUACAAGUACGGCAAUUGCACCGACACCAUCAACUUCUGUAAGUAAAUCCUUAGUUGCUACUGGAAGUGGUAUUCGAUCUCAGGCAGUAAAAAAAAUGUCAUCAAUGUCUCUACGUCAUUCACCAGACGAUACUACAAAUUUUUUGUUAACAUCAAGACUAGCAGUUGACGAUUCUACAGCAAUGACAUUAGUAACUUUAGAACCAUCAAAAUCUUUCAUUCCUGUUCUGCCUGCGGCAACGAGUGAAUUAGAAGGAAAGCAACCAUCAUGGACGCUUGUUAGUGUCACAGCAGGCGCUGCAUUGCCAGCCCCUUGUACUAAAGCAAGCGAGUGUUUUGGUAUCGACAGAUGUAUUUCUAACCCUUGUCAGAAUAACGGAACUUGCAAACAACAAGGCCAAUCCUACUUCUGUGAAUGUGCAGUGGAGUAUGAAGGAAGAGUAUGUGAAAACGGUAAAGCGCUCCCCAAAAGGUAUAGAGUAACAGCGAGAAUACAGGGGAAAUACAAAUCAUCGUACAGCAAUCUUGAUUCAUCCGAGUCCCUAGCCUUUAUUAAGAACUUUACGGAAAGAGUGGGUCGUUUCUUAAAGGUGAAACUUCCUAGAUAUAGAGGAAUUGAGGUCACCAGAUUAUCAAAUGGUAGUGUGGUGGUCGAUUUUAUCAUUAUUAUGGAACGCAACUCGAAAACCACUGGGAAUAACAUAGAGCUCGCUCUAAUUGAGGGAAAUAGCACUGGAGAGCUUGGAGUCGUGUUAAUAGGAAAUAUCAGAAUAAAAGAGAUUGCAGAAGCCUCCACCACGAGUACAACUACCAGCACUAAAGACAAAGGACUUCAAAAGUGGAUAAUUGUAAUAUCUGUAAAUGGAAGCAUUGUACUACUGUUUAUCUUGAUAAUUGUUAUCCGUUCGUUAAAUUGUAGGCGUGUUGAAAAGGAAGCGGAUGGUUCCGCUGCGACGAAUGGCAAUCAGAAAAGUGAUAGCACGGUAACAAAGCCUUCCAGCCAGAUUUUGACACAGAAACGCUGGCACAAGUUUCCAUGUGAAAGGGACAACUGCGAUAUUGAAAUGAACGAUAUAACGGUAAAACUGUAAGGAAGACUGGAGAGGCCGUAGGACUCAGACUCCACUCACUUACAGAUUACGAAGGAGAGUCCCCAGGAAAGGCCCAACUUUAAAUGGUAACUUUAAGUAAAUAUAGUCUAUGGUCCAAAGACAGAUACGAGAUACUGAACCAAAGUAGAGCGGUUUUGGCUGAGUGCAGUGAAAGCGUACUAGUCACACCGCAGUAUUAGAAAGGUUAAGGAGAUCUUUAAUCUGAUGGAAGGUAAUGGCUUUUGGAGAAGCAGGAGACGCCUUAAUGCAGGUCUUUAAUUUUAAAUAACCUUUGAUUCACUUGAAAACGUAGUAAACGCAAUAAAGACAAAACCGUUAUCAUCUAAAGAUGAUCAUGACACCUUCAAGGUGAAGUCUUAUGAGCUAAUACCAGUUUUUUUGGAUGUAAAUACCGUAUUGGUAAAUUUAGAGGCUCCUUUCCAGUUAAGAAAAUUGUACAUUUUAGAGUCCAUUCUUUACUCAUAGGGUCUUUCACUCCCCCUCAACGUCCAUAUAUAAUUUUCACUUCCCAUAGCAGAUCAGAAUAAAAAUGACGUCGCGUGCGUUUGUGACACGCUAUUUGCUCUCGCACAUGUAUUGGUAUUAGUAACGCUUUGGUUGGCUGAUUUAAGUGAAAUAACAAAACCUCCACUAAUUCCUCUUUGUGAAUAACCUGAGGCUAGAUAAAUAAAGCACAAUCACGCA